GGGCGGGGCCCGCGCCCCGCUCUUAGUGCGCCUCCGCCUCCCGCUCCGGCGCUGUCUACUCCUCGCUCUCUACCACUAGCUCUCUUCCGUCCUACCUACCUCUCGCUCUCGAGCUCUAGCUCCUCUCUCGAGCUCUGGAUCUGUUUCUCUCUUUCUCUCUAUGUAUAAUACCUCUCUCUAUAUAUAUCUGUCUCUAUGUAUAUAAUACCUCUGUCUCUAUAUCUAUAUCUUUAUAUCUGUAUCUACAAACACACCUCGCUCUCUCCUCUCUCGGUACCAGUGGUUUUCAGCACUUUUUCAUUUGUGGACCCCUUUGGACAUGUGGAAUGGAGGUGCGGACCACUUUGAAUUUUUUAACUUUCAGGUGUUCUUGAAAAAAGUGCAUGUGCUUCGGAGGUGGAGAAGGACAUGAGGAGUCAACGGACCUGGGAUCCCACUGAUCAGAAUGAAACAGAUGUUGAAAGAUUUUUCAAAUCUAUUGUUAGUUAUGCUCUGGGAUUAUGUCCUCCAUGAAGUGGAGUGUCUUCUCUUGGAGCGACCAGGUCACAUAGCCUUAAGCAACGACACAGUGUCCGUUAAAUUUCAGUACCACAACAAUGGUAAUAUGACAGCAAAGAAUGUAUUCAUCCUAUUGUUGGAUGCCACUGACCAGACCAUUGCGAAAAAACAGCUUCCAGCUCACCAGUCACAGGGGAUGGUAGCAUUUGAAUGUUUUCAUUUCAAGAGUGCUGGGAAUUAUCGGGUCAGAAUGACCUCUGAGACUAAUAAUGGAACUGAUGUACGGUGGAGUGGAGGAACUGCACUCCUAAGUGUAGAGUGGCCUGUAUUUCACAUAGACUUGAACAGGACAUCCAAUGGGCCUGGGAGCUCCUUGCAGGUUGGACUCUUCACUAAUGAACAGCUGUGUGCUAUGAAUGAGACAGCGUUUUUACUACAGGUGAUAUUCACCAGCAACCUCUAUGAACUGGGAAGAUUGAGUACUGAGGAGGCACUGGGGAUGAGAACUAGCAAAAUAAUCUUUCUUGCGAGGUCCCAGUGGGUGGAGUUUGAUUGCCUACUUACUGGCCAAGAAGCAUAUGUCACUGUGUUACUGAAAUCAGUAGAGACUGGUUUGGUUAUCACCUCAACUGGACCUAUAGACCUUGCCCACAAAUUUGGAUAUCAACUGGUCAUGGCACCAGAAGUGCUGUGCAAGUCUUCAGUUCAGGUGUUUGUAGUCUCCCCUCCGUGCACUUCUAUCAGCGGGAAGAUGGCUGUCUAUAAGGAUGCUCUCAGGCAUCCUGGAGAGAGACCAACCUGGCUGGAAGAAAACAUUCUGAAUCCAGGGAACAACAGAACCGAAUUUAACUGUACUUUGUUUGACAUGGGAAAAAACAAAUACUGUUUUGACUUUUUUAACUUUUCAAGCCAAAGCCACUUCUUUCCAAGAGUCACAGAAUGUAUGGUGAUCCACAGGAACAUGGAAACAUGGAGCAUGUGGCAGCCCUGGAGUCCGUGCAGCGUGACCUGUGGGGAUGGCAUGCGGGAGCGACACAGAGAAUGUCUCUCAUCACUGCCAGCAGAACCAGGCUGUGCUGGCUCACCAAAAGAGGCUUCACUGUGUUCUCUAGAGGAAUGCUCUUCUAUAAAGCCUCCAACACCACCAUCCAUCCAGAUGGGAGAGGACCAGAAAGCUAAUAAUAUAGUCACCAUUACGGGCAUCUCCUUGUGCUUGUUUAUAAUCUUUGCCACCGUGCUGAUCACACUGUGGAGGAAGCUGUGCAGGGCUCAGAAGUGCAGUGCCUCCAUGCAGCGUAAUCCCAUCCACUCGCCCAGCUUCCGGAAGAACUCCGACGAAGAGAACAUCUGCCAAGGGAGCAAGCAGCGGGAAAGCUUUUCUGAGGGAGGCGAGGCACCUGUGAACAUCCCUCUGACCUACAGGAGGAGCCUGCAGUUUGCUCAAGACGAUGACACCUCUGGCAGUGAGAAUAUUCAGGCGAAUGCUCAGAAAAUAAUCCCUCCAAUUUUCAGCUACCGCCUUGCACAGCAGCAGCUGAAGGAGAUGAAAAAGAAAGGCCUGACUGAAACCACAAAGGUGUAUCACGUAUCUCAGGCUCCUCUGACUGACACAGUUGUUGAUGCCAGUGCAGUGCUACCCUUGGGCCCAGAAAACCAAGAGGAGACUGCUGCAAACAAAUUUAGGAUCAAAUCUCCAUUCCUGGACAAGCGGGUCACUCAACCCAGAUUUCCAGGGGACAGGUCUAAUUCAAGGAUGGAUUUUAUGCUCUCACAAAGCAACCCUGCUAUGAGCCCGACUCAGACCAUGAUAAGGCGAGCUCACCUGAAACUCCAGGACAACAGAGGGGAGCAGCUGGACAGAGGCGGUCACAAGAACAUUCAAUUUAGAAGAACAGCCAGCUUCCAUGAGACUAAAAAGGCCAGGCCCUUCAGGGAAAGGAGCAUGUCCACCCUAACCCCGCGGCAGGCUCCCCUCUACAGUUCCAGGACCAGAACAUGGGAUGAGGGUCUGGGAGACAGGAUCCGGCCUAAAUCUAGAGGUGCCAAUACAACUUCGGAAAGGCUUGAUCUGUCACCUACCACUGUGUUAACGUGUGAACCACAGAGCUAUGGCACAAAGCAUCAGCACAAAGGGGGCCCUCCAAUGAGGAAGCUGGAUCUGAUCAGUGACCGUCAGCUUGUAGGUCAGGAGAAAGGACCAGGCAGACCAGAACUGAACAGAAGUAAGAGAGGCCCGUCACCAAAUCACAGAGGGUCUUGGAAGAAAGAAACUAUUUCAGCUCUCCAAGAUAAGCAGAGAAGUGCUGCAAUUAGUCCUGCUCAGUACAGGAAGGACAAGUGCCAGAGUUUCCCACUGGACCCCAACUUUGCCUUUUACGACAAUUCUACUUUUGGCUUAACUGAAUCAGAGCAGCAGAUGAUAGACCUGCCUGGCUAUUUUGGUUCAAAUGAAGAAGAUGAGACGAGUACAUUAAGUAUUGAGAAACUAGUGGUCUGAAUGACUUGUUGCAACACUGUCAAAGGGUGUGUGCGAGAAAAGACCUGCAAAACCUGUUGGUUUAUUAUGAAAGCAAGAAUGGAAACCAGGUUCCUUCUCUUGGAGGCAGAGGGAAGUCCUAAGGGCUGACUUGUGAGAGCAUAUUCUAUCUUAAUUACAGGGAAGUACUUUCGUGCAUUCCAUGAGCAAACAGAUGGAAAUCAAACCUUGACAUAGAAAUGAUCUGGCAGAUUUCAUCACAUAAAGCAUUGGGGUUCCAUAAAUAAUUUACAUUGAAGCUAAACAGUUUACCUGCUGAUUCUGCUGAUGGACCAACACCAGCAGACCGUGAUUUCCUUAAACAUCCAUUGUUCAAUGUGAAUUAAUACGUUGUUUCACCAUUUUUUAUCUUGGCUGCCAACAGCUUUUCACACCUCUUUAACAUUCACUGUGGAAUGGCACUGAUUGGUUGCAACUGAUCAAAGAAGUCACAUGAUGCUGUUUCUUUCAUGGACAAGAUGAGAGCACAAACUGUUCUGGAAUGAGCACGGGUUACAUUCAUACAAGUGUUCGGGGUUAGGGGAGGGGUUGUGAUUCAUCACAUACAGGAUUCUGAAUUUGCUGCCGGCACGGGUGCUAAGCAAGUUCAGGAUUGCACAAAUGUUUGUGGAAAAUUAAUUGAAUAGGGACUUAAAUGUGGUCAAAGAAACUUCACUGAGUAACAACUCUGAGUAUCUUCAAAAAAUGUUGCAGUAUUCAUGUUCCUGAAAAAAGGGACCUGUUACUUUCCACCUUUUAUCUUAACCAUCUUUGCCUUUGACAUUUUCCUUCUAUUUUAAUUUUUUUGCUUAAAUAUAUUGACACAAAUAGUACAGUAAGGCAAAAAUAAUGAAUGAGCAAGACCAGCCAAAUGAAACACUUGUUUCAUCAUUAUGUGUUUGCAAACACAAGUGAAAAGUGAGUGAACAUGCCCAGAUCUGUUGUUCAGUGAGUAGCUUAAUGGAUGUUUUUUUAUUUCUCGGUAAAUGAUAUCAUUUCCAAGUAAGCUAUUAUACCAGUGGGAGUGGCUACUGCUACUCAUAUUCAGAGCUCAUUCAGCAAAAUUAGAGAAAAAAAUGGAGACACAAAGAGUGGCUGAUGGGCCAGUGUGAUUUGGGAUGCAUACUCAUGCCAUAAGCAUCCCAAAAGCCUCUUCAGAGGCAUAGAGAAAAUGGGUUUUCAUGGGAAAAACAAAGAAAAUAAAAGAAACCUGAGAUGGGAAGUGGAGAAGAGAGAGGCUGAGGAGGGAAGUGAUGGCUUGAAACGCCGCUUCCCACAAAGGGUCAAGCUUCACAGGUCAGGGCUAUGUUCUCCCCUGGUCUCUUUUAAGCCCUGGUCCCAUACUUGGAAUUGCUCAAUAUUCAGAAUCAAGGCCCUGCUCCCACAUCCCACAAUGCACAGAGGUACAUGGUGACUUCCCUGUUGCCUAUGCUUCAUAAAGUGCAGGAUUAGAGUCGUAGGCUGCCUAUAGAUGUGGUGGUUCAUGUUAUAAUUAGAACUAAUCAGAACAGACUUGAUUAAUUGAGUCUGCUCCAUGUUCUAAUUAGAACGCUUCAGCGUUGACACAUUAUCACGUGUAUUAAGCCCCCUCCCCCCAUGUUUUAAAAUGGCCGCAGGUGUGCUUUAAUUAACGCUCAUCAAAUGAGCUUUAGUUAAUGCGCCCUGUGGCCAUUUUAAAAAAUGGAGGGCUUAAUACACAUGACAGUGAGCCAUUUUAAUUAGAGCUACUCUUGGGAUACCCCUGUAAUUACAAUGGUCCCUCACCACCCCUGAACACAUGUAUAGGCACCCAUGGCUUUUACACUGUUAUAUCCUUCUCCAUCUUACUCUUUCUGAUCCUUUUACAAGGAACUGUUUUUCAUUUCACAAACAUACCCAAUUUUUAUUAAGAAAAUGACAGCAUAAUAAUAAGGCACACCUGCUUAGGGUAGGUACCAUGCUGAUAUGCUCAGGGUGAACACUGAUCAUCAGCUCUUGCACAUCUUGCUAUGGCUCAUUGCAAUAGCAAAAACAGAGCAAGGAUCUUGGGAUUUGAUUCAAUGUGAUUAAAUGCUUCAUUUUGCACAGACUUCAUCUGGAAUGUGUAACAUCUUCCCACCUGCCAUUAGGACAUGUAUAGCUUGCACUACGAUAGGAGUCAUCUCUUUCUUAAGGCCUGUUCCAAUAUGCAGCAUUGUGAAAGUUUAGGCCAUUCCAGAAUUGGAUUUUCACAAGUAUACUGUUGCGUGAGGACCAGGCUUGUAUUAAAUAACAUCCUGAAAAUGGAAGACUACAGUGAUUAUUAUGCAAAGUGUCUCAUAACACAUUCAUGCUUGAGGACCAGUCCAGAACACAUCCAAAUUAUCAAGUCUUUCCACUGACUUUAGUGGGCUUGAGAUCAGGCCUUGAGACUAUUACUGAGGUUAUUUCCCAACUGUAUGUCAAGGUAAAUCAGAUCGUGUGCAGCCUGUAGUUGCUUCAGAGGAGCGAUCUGUCUAAUUUAGAACUGCAGAGUUCCAAGGACUGUUUUACAAUCUGCAACUUGCCAAGUGAGGCUCCCAAAGCAGGGACCUGUACUACCACCCAAGUCCUACUGGGAAAGACAUGCUGACGGACUGCAGCAAGAGUGUAUAUAUGAGCACAGCUUCCUAUCUUGGAUCAAAUAUGUACCAAGCCAGCAGGACUCUUGGCCCUGUGUAACAAGCAAAAUGUUUCUUAUUCACUUGUCUUAGACAUGACAAUCCCUAGACAAAGUGCUGGAAAACCUCCCAAGAUCCCUCUAGCUCUGUCUCUGAUAAAAAUGAAUGAUAGGUAGAAGGUGGGAAUACUUUUUUGGGGGGGGCAGGGGGGUGUGGAAUCGCUUUUGGCUGUGUAGGAUCUUGUUCUAAGUCAGUCGUAUGUUUUACAAUGUUUUAUUGACUGGAUUUUACCUGUAUUUAGCACUUUCAGGUGCUCAGUGAUCAUCUGUGCAAGCAUAGCGCUGGCUUUUUGGCACUGACAUUAAUUUCAGCAUCCUGCUGUACAUAACUACCCUUCUGUAAUCCUGUUUUGGGAAAUGUCUCCAGCAGCCAGUUAGAGCAGUAGUAUUUAUUAGAAGAGCUAGCAUCUUCCUGAGUAGACUGCUGGCAAGCAAAUAUUGCACUCAGCCUAGUCUCUGCUUUCUGCAUUGAUAGAAAUAGCCUCAUUGCUACUGGAUACUGUCAAGGGCAGCCCAGUUGUACUGUAUGUUAAAGUUAAGGUUGAUAGGGACUCAUAGGCUUGCACCAAUUUGUUUUGAUAACCUCUGAUUUACCACAAUGCUCUAGGUACCUAGGAACCCACACUAAGACAUUCCAGAGAAGUACAGAUGAAUAGAGCAGUAAUUCUCAACCAGGGUACCAUAGCACUUCAGGGUGUCUUGAGAUCCUUUCAAGAGUGCCUCAGGGUGUUUUGCAAACACAAUUCACCAGAUAAACCGAGAGAUUUCAAACAAAUCCUCUGUUGUGGUCUUUUUGAGUGCUUUGCAACAGAAAAACUGCUCUUUUUCUGUAAUAAAAAAUAGAGUGAAAACUAAGAGCUGGCAUUUUCUGGGUGAUGCCUCAAGUCUAUCAAGGGGACUUUGAGUCUAAAAAGAUUGAGAACUACUGGAACAGAGAAAGGAACAGCACUAGUUUUCAACUCCACUCCGGCGCCUUUAGUCACAAGAGUAAAUGUUGGCACCAUUCAUGAUUCUCCUUUCACAUGAAUAUUUGAUAUGCUUGGAGUCAAGGCUUUCGGUGCAUUCACUCUAUGAUGCAGCCUCCUGGCCUAAGCCACACUUGUGAACACACUGCUGACUGAGGCCAACUUUGGCCCUCAUCUCAAACAGGAUGUCAUUUAGGUCUUUUCUAAACAGGUGUAAGAGUCCUUAUAUGUCCAGUGUGGGGGUUAUCAUAAAACAUUAGAUAAGCCACCAGAAGGCUGAACAUAACAGAUUUUACACUGAACCUCUGUGAGUCUCUACAGCUGUUCUAAUGCUGCUCAAUUAAAAAAAAUUAAGCUAGUCUUAUGGACCCUGAAAAAAAUCACUAGAACCAGAGACAAGAAUGCGAGUUAAAUGUCUUGGAGCAUCACCUCCCUUAGGAACUCCUGACUUUCCAUCCAGAUCUUUGUCCAUCUCAGUAUUGUUUAAGGACAGAUGCAAUAUAAUGUUCCAUUCAGAUUAUUUUAAUUCAUAUUUUAUGGAUGUUUAAUACAAAUUAUGAUAUGUAUUGAUCUAAAUGUAAAAUAAACUGAAAAGAACAACUA